UUUAACGAUAAUUUAUUAAUGAUACCGAUCCCAAUUGCAUCGUUUAGAGUAUCAGGUUUCACUAUGAAGGGAGGCGCAUCUCUGCUCUCCUUCUUAAUAUUAGCUGUGUUCUAUCUGAUAGAUGUCGCUGAUUCAAUGAAAUGCAUGAUGGAAAGAAGUGGAUGCAAGGACACGCCACGAAGAAGGGUGUGCUGUGGGUGUCCCUACACGUUCAAAACCCCUCUUAGUGAUCGGACGCCACCCUAUUACGCCAUCAAAAGCGGAUACUGCCUAGAUGAACCGUGCUUACAAAAAGGCCCAUGCCGCAACAUGAUACCCGAUACAAAUGUAGUACAAGAUGAUGUUAAGGAAAAAGACAUUCCUGUUCCUGCGGCUACUACUUCUCCCACUGUUCGAACUACUACACAACAGGAGGAGGAAGAAGAAGAGGAGGAUGAUGAAGGUAUUGAUAAUGAUAUAAAUGACAACGAUGCUGGUGAUACUACAGAGAAAGAUAAAAGGCCGGCCAAAACCCCUGAGGAGAAAAAGGCUAACAUUGCAAAGAAGAAGGCCGAGAGAAAACCACCACCAAAGACUGAAGCGGAGAGAAAAGCAAAUAUUGCUAGGAAAAAGGCUGAGCGAAAAAAAACAGGAAAAGGCUACUUCUGGAGAUGAAGUCGACCUUGGUGAUGCAGAGAGCAUACCUGAGAAUGAGGAUCCCAUCCCUGAGCAAACCACAACUACUGCUGCUGAAGAAAAUGAUAUUGAGGCUGAACUCAAUUCUCCAGCUACAACUGCCGCUCCAGGACAAAACCCUCAAGGUGGAAAAAAUGGACGGUAUCGUAAGACUGAGGCAGAGAGGAAGGCGAACAUAGCGGCCAAAAAGCUUGCUCGUAAACUGACCAAUGGUCGCAAAUCCGAGGAUGAGAGGAAAGCAAACAAAGCCCUCAAGAAGUCCGCAAAGAACAAGAAACCUUAACGCCGACCUGAAUAUUAACGUAUGUUCAUGUCCAUAUGUUAAAUUGAGGUAAACAACAUCCCGACACCAACAGCAACCAACAAUACAACAUGGAUAUUAUCAUUAUUCUAUCAAUAACGAUUUUUCAUAUCAACGACCUUAUAAAAAGUCAUCGGAAAUGAUAAAUGAAAUUCAUAAUGACUAAUUAGUAAAACUGAACUGAAACUGCAUCUCGUGAAACUGAUUAUUGAAGUCUUGCAUCAUGCCCUUGUCCCCCGCCAACUAACACAUUAUAUCCACGAGGUUAUAGACUAUAUACAAAAUUGGAGAGUGCAAGAUUGAUGCCCCCCCCCCCCCCCCCAUGGCCAAAAAAUCUUUA